UUGCGUGGACAAGCAGGAACUCAUCUUCUGAAGCUGACUGAUAGCGGUUUUUGUGUAAUUUUCUCAUUUAUUAUUUAAACGAUAUCAUUACAAACAGUGCGUUUUUCGUCUCCAUCGCCGUAUACUUUGAAUACACUCUAUCUACCCGACGUUAGUAAGGAAGAAGGAGAUUAUAACCAUCGCUUACCCCGCGCGCGCGUUAAGCGGCUACGGGAAGUUGACUGGGCGGGCUUCGGUGUCAAAAAAUACACAAAAUCGACAUUUCUCGACAAAUUUCUUAGAGUGGAAUGCGCUACCAUUCUCCCACCGUGUCUAUUGCACAAUGGAUGUCUGCUCUAUCUGCCUAAUUUCCCAAACCAAAGCAACCUGUAACAGAUCUAGACUAUUCAGGGGAUAACAAUAGGCCCUCACUCCACUUUCUCCCUUGACGUUAUACAUCAGUUUAGAGCGGAGCAAUACAGAUUUUCUUUUUUGGUGUCUGAAUUGCUUUGAUUUGCUGGUUUAGCCGAGGGUGAAGGUCGGUCUGAGGAAGAAAAAUAUUUCAAAACACCUUAUACCUCAAUUUUCUGGGGAUAAAAAUCCUGCGUGCUGCUUGAAGUAAUUUAUUUAUUAAGAUUAUUUGGUUCUCAUCCCUGUAAAAUUGUGAAAUUUCUUAUUUAUAACUUAAGAACCAUCUGAGCACAAUGGUGUCGACAACUCUGGCCACGGUAACGCUCAUGACCACCAUUGGUUAUGUUGUUAGUACGUCAGAUUACCUAUGGCUCCUAGUGGUGGGCUUCAUCAUAGCUUUUGUCCUGGCCUUUUCGGUGGGUGCUAACGAUGUUGCCAACUCCUUUGGUACGGCAGUGGGGUCAGGUGUGGUAACCCUUAGACAGGCCUGCAUUCUUGCUACUAUAUUUGAGACUGUGGGGUCCGUGCUUCUGGGAGCCAAGGUCAGCGAGACGAUCCGCAAAGGCAUUAUCGACGUAAACAUGUACAACGGCUCGGAGCAUGUGUUGAUGGCUGGCUCGGUCAGUGCUAUGUUUGGCUCUGCUGUAUGGCAGUUGGCGGCAUCUUUUCUCAAACUUCCUAUUUCUGGGACUCACUGCAUUGUGGGGGCUACCAUUGGAUUUUCACUGGUUGCCAAAGGUCAGCAGGGAGUCCAUUGGAUGGAGCUUCUCAGAAUUGUUGCUUCAUGGUUCCUCUCUCCUGUCCUGUCUGGCAUCAUGUCUGCUAUUCUUUUCUACUUUGUUCGCAUGUUCAUCUUGCAAAAGAAAGAUCCAGUGCCCAAUGGACUAAGGGCUCUGCCUUUCUUUUAUGCAGUUACAAUGGGAAUCAACCUGUUCUCCAUCAUGUUUACUGGAGCACCGAUGCUGGGCUUUAAUAACCUGCCCUGGUGGGGAUCAUUUCUCAUUUCCAUUGGCUUUGCUGUCAUCACUGCCCUCGUCGUCUGGUUCAUUGUCUGCCCUCGGCUCAAGAAGAAAAUUGAAUGUAAAGUCAAGUCUUCCAGCCCCUCUGAGAGUCCUCUAAUGGAGAAGAGGGAACUUCAUGAAGCUCCUAAUCCCAUCCUGAAGACUGUCCCUGAGGAGUCCAACUCUCCCCUUUCCUCUAAUGUCGUUCCAUCCACACCUCCCAUUGAGGAACGCAAGGUCACGUUUGACUUCGGUGAUUCAGAUGAUGGCGAUCAAAAGGACUGUAAAGGAUCAGAAAUUAACAAUGCUCCAAAGACAGCCCACGUUCACUUCACUAACGGCCCCGCUCACAUUCCCAGCAACGGUUACACACAGUACCACACGGUUCACAAGGACUCUGGCCUCUACAAGGAUCUUCUGCACAAGCUCCACUUGGCCAAAGUUGGGGACUGCAUGGGCGAGGGCGGAGACCGGCCUAUGCGCCGCAACAACAGCUACACCUCUUACACGAUGGCCAUCAUCGGCAUGCACGGAGACUUCAAGCCCAAGGAAGGCGAGUUCCAUGCUUCGGAAGAAGGAGAAAGAGAAAAGGCUUGCGCGCAGGAGCGUAAGCGCAUCCGAAUGGACAGCUACACGAGCUACUGUAACGCGGUGGCGGAGAACGGGACACCCGAGGGCGUUGAGGAAGGUGAAGUCACCUUGGAGAUUGUAGAUGACGAUGCCGGGAGCAGCCGUAGUUCUAUAGAGGACCGAGCGGAUGCAGACAGGCCUGAGGUGUCCAUGCUCUUCCAGUUCUUGCAAAUUCUCACUGCUUGCUUUGGCUCCUUCGCUCACGGUGGAAAUGAUGUCAGUAAUGCAAUCGGUCCUCUGGUUGCUCUGUGGCUGGUUUAUGAAAGUGGCUCCGUCAUAUCAAGUGCACCAACUCCAAUCUGGUUGCUACUGUAUGGAGGAGUGGGCAUCUGCGUUGGUCUGUGGGUCUGGGGCCGUAGAGUCAUCCAGACCAUGGGCAAGGACCUGACCCCCAUCACCCCGUCUAGUGGUUUCAGCAUUGAACUCGCUUCAGCCGUCACCGUUGUGGUCGCUUCCAACAUCGGUCUUCCAGUUUCCACCACUCAUUGCAAGGUCGGAUCAGUCGUGGCUGUCGGUUGGCUGCGCUCCAAGAAGGCUGUAGACUGGCGCCUGUUUAGAAACAUCUUCUUGGCCUGGUUUGUCACAGUGCCCAUCUCUGGUCUCAUCAGCGCUGCCAUCAUGGCUCUAUUCACCUAUGUCAUUCUGUAAGGUUUCAACAGUCUUAGUGAGGAAAACCCGUGAUGCAACCAAUAGCAGCAGAGAGAGAUGGAGGGUGUUUUUCCGUCUUUAUUUUCUCUAUGUUCCCUUCAUUCCUGUGAUGGGUGGAGAAUGUAAAAUACUGUUUUGAUAGAGCUUGUGAUUCUGGGAUGCGUCAUUUUCUAUCCUGUAGUGCUUUCUAGUACCAUAGGCUAUGGGGAGUAAAGAUAUUAUCUUUAAAACUAGAUUGGUUGCCAUCUAAAUUCACUCGUGUAUAUAGUUAAAACAAAUCAUUGUUUUUUAUGUAAUUAUGUACAUAAAGUUUUUUUUUUUUAAGGUUUAAGAACAAUUACAAUGCAGUAUUAGCCUUUGUUUGACAUUCAUUGUUCAUAACAUCCGAAAAUUGGUUGAGGGUUGCAUAGAGGAGCAGUAUUUAGGGGCAAAUGAAUUUGAGAAAAUAAUUGUUUUUGUAUUUUAUUUUGUUCCUACUGUACAUUUGUUAUACAUAUUUACAUAUUCACUUUUUUUUUUACAAACAGGCCUGCUGUGAGUUAAAGCUGAGCAUGUGACUGUCAUAAAUAGAGCCUUCUCACCCUUUUGUGAGGGUUGAUUUGCCAAUAAUUUGUUUUGCUCAAAUCAUGUUUCUUAAUACAAUUCAGUGACCCUUUUUGCAUGUCUAUCAAUUUUUUUUUUUUUUUUGUUACACUACAAAACAAUCCCAUAAGCAGAUACAUUUGUAAAAUAUUCAGUCAUUCGAAAAGGCAAUUCUGUACCUGUUCUUUCAGACUUCUAAUGUAAUUAUUUUUCUGUUUUCUUUAGUGCUUUGUUAAAUAUCCAACUCUUGUUUUCUGCACCUCUAUAAUUGAGCUGUUAAUAUUUGCUCCGCUUUGCCCAGCAUUUCUAACAAAAACUAUUUCUCUUAUAAUAGCGGACCAAUCCACGCAAAGAUUAAUACAAUAAUACAUUGAAUAACUUCACCAUGCCAUCAGAUAUUUGCGCUUAAGGCACAGAAUGUUCAGAAUCCCUCGCUGUAGUUACUAUGCUCUUGGCGACUCUGUUAACUAAAAUUUGUUCCCAAAUGUUUGCUGUAGACAAUUGAACUCCAUAUGGUGGAUUACAUCUCUUUGUGCUCGCUGUCACAAUGUGCCACUGUUGUUGAAUACGGAUGAAGUGUUACUAGGAUACUAAAGCUCUCUGUUUACUAUUAGAAAAAUGCAGCCUGCGGUUGAUGUAGAGGCUGAUGGUGAACAUCUUCACAGUUUCCUGCCUUCUCAUAAACCUAGUCUUCUCAUAAAGAUCUAGUACUGAGGAAUGUAUACCGAUUCAAACAUAUGCAGUGUGUAUGUACACACACAGGGUUACUAUACCAACCCCUACAGCAACGCAAAUGACUUGACCUAUUUAUCAGAUGGGUGUAGUUUAUACUGGUUUGAAUAAGAAAGAUCAUUCUGUACUUCACAGGUUGUGAAGGUUUUCACUGAUGUGAAGUGGCUUGGUUACUGAAAUUGACACAAAUACAUCUUACAUAUUUGCUGUAGUUGCCUUAAGUUUUUUUUUUUUUUGUUAGGUACCAAAGAAAAAAUGGUUUGUUCUGUUGGCUUUUCCAGCAUACACUAUUGUCCACCCUGGGCUUUGGGGACAAGAGAAUAAAUUGUCUUUUUAAAUAU